AUGACUUCAACCUUUCUUGGAAAUUUAUCUCUAGACUUCCUAAAGCUUUUAGAAAAUAACGAUGAGUACAAUGUAAUCAUCGAAAUAGGGGAGGGCUCCUUUAAAAAAUUAUUCAGAGCACAUUCAAUUAUCUUGUGUUAUCGUUGCCCUUAUCUCUAUAACAAACUCAAAGAUAUCGACUACAACGAUAGAAAUAUUAAAGUUAUUAAAAAGCCUAAAGUUUUAGUAAAGGUUUUUGACAUCGUUAUUAGAAACUCAACUUUGGAACGAUAUUAUGAGCAAAUAUAUGGCACCAAAUCUUCCAAUUUCUUCUACAAUCUUGCCGGCUCGAAAACUUUCAAGUAUUCAAUUACCUUCUAG